CGGAAGUUCAGGAGUCUUGACGCCCAGUUGCCGCAUCAAAAUGCGUAGGAAGGAGCAACUGCAGGGUAAGGUGAUGGAAGAAGGACGCCCGAAAGAAGAAACAAAUGAAGGUCGCUCCUAGAGAAGAGUCGAAUCAGCUUCCUUUACUUGGUGGCUCCAUUGAGAAAUGAGAAGCCAAUAUUUUUUUGGGCAUAAGAUGCUUUCUACCAAAAGCACCUCACACAUAUUCAAACCGCUCCUUGCCGCCUUGCCAUCGUUGAAAUUGGAAAGCCAAAGUGAUAAGCUGACUUGACGAAGAAGAUGCUCGAGGCUUCGUAGUGCCAAAUCCAACGAUCGGUCAACGGUUGAAACAAAAAAGGAAUAUAUUGAAUAAACGUCGUCGAAGCAGAAGUGAAAAGAUGAUUAACAGCAGCAACCAUGUCGCGUUGGGCCCUCUGGAUGUCGCGUUUGGCCCUCUGAAGGUUGAGGAAUUUCUCGUCGACCCAGGCCAACAGCCCAGUCCGACUCUUUCUGCUGAACUGCGGGCUGCUUUGUUGGGGCCCCCCUCUGAAUGCCUGGGCCCAGAACCCACACUGCCUGUGGUCGACGAUGCGGCUGGUGUCCUUGGGCCGAAUCCAUCUCCCACUCUGCUUCCUUUGGGUGCUGCUUCACUUCUCGAUGACAUGAAGACUUCUCAUGCUGAUGUGCGGUGGUGGUGACCACUGACCAGCCCGGAAUGGUCACCAAGUGAUUAGUGACUUUACUGAGUUGGAAUUGUCAAGGUAUGGGAGGUACUUUGACAUUCCGCGAACUCCAAUCUACUAUUCGUCGUAAUUUGUUAAGUUUGUGUUCUUAAGUGAAGUUAAAAUAAAUGAAUCCCGGUGUAAUUCUAUUAUAGCUCGUUUGGGAUUCACCAAUUCAUGUGUUGUUCCGUCUACUGUCAUUUCACUUCAACGGGUGGCUUAGCCUUUAUGUGGGAUUCUACUAUGUGCGGUGAGAUUGUUGAUAAAUCACCUUAGUGUAAUUGUCUAUCGUUGGGAUAUUUCAUCAAAUAAAAGUAUCUUACUAGU